AUGGAUACAUGGGGGGUAAAAGUUCAUCAGCUCCUCCUGCUUCCGCAGCUCCUUUUCGGAAAAGCUGUGCGCCAGCGCCCUGCGGAGCCUGGCGUGGUUUUCACGGUCGGCGUUGGCGAUGCUGGGCGAGAAUUCGGGAAAGGGCGGGUCGAAGAAGAUGCCGGCCUUGCGCAUCUCAGGCACGGCUUUUUUGACCCCGAUCCGAUGCCCGUAGAUGUCCUCAAAGGCCCGGUGGUCGGUAAAGGACAGGUGGUCCGGCCCUAUCCGCACCACCGGCCCGUAGCGGUCGUGCGCCUCCUUGGUUCGGAACGGCUGCGUGCCGCGGACGCUUUGCAGGGCCCAUGGAACCCGCGUCGCCCGGCUCCAGAACGGGCCCGGCACGUUCCGCAGGGGGUGGAGGAAGACGUUGUAUAUUAUUGA